AUUUGCCAUAGUAGCCUCAGUGCGCGCUCUCUCUCUCUCUCUUAUUUGGCCAGAAACCAUUACAUAAAGUAUGACAUAAAUAAAUGAAGAGAUAUAAAUACCUCAUUCUUUCCUCCUCAGCAAACAGCCUAAACCAACACGACACUUUUUUAUUAAUUCUCUCCCUCCUCAUACUCGUUUUUUUCUUAGUAUAAAUUAAAUGGUACAGUCUAUCAACAGUCGCAGAAUGGAAUAACAGAAAGUAUUUUUUUUUUCGGGUUGCGUCUUCUCUCUUCUCGCCUAUUUUCACUAUAUUCUCCCAAAAGAAAAGGAUCCCACUUCUUCAUUAAACAAAUACACCUAUUAUAACGAGAACGCAAAUAUAGUUCGCAAGCCCUUUCUCUUCCUUUUUUUCUCUCUUUCUGCGGCUCUGCCUCUGCCGCUGCUAACGUUGUUUGCUGACAACACUACACAUAUUUCAGAAAGACUAAAAAAAGAGAGCCACAACCCCCUACAAAAUUCUUGAUUCUCUCACUUUCUCUCUCUUCUCUCCAUUCUUAAGCACAGUUUUUUCUCGUUAAGCUCUCAGAAAUAGGGGUAAGCUAAAUGGGUAUUUGGAGCAACCUACUUGUGCUCCUUCUUACCUCCACUAUUUUCCAUUUUUGUACACCAGAUCCAAACGAUGAGAUGUGCUUGACCCAUCUCAGUCAAUCUUUACAAGACCCUUUGAAAAACCUUCAAAACUGGACUAAAUCCUCUUUCGCUAAACCUUGUGAUGGGUUUACUUCAUAUCUACAAGGGGCAACUUGUAAUAAUGGUCGCAUCUACAAGCUAUCCCUUUCAAAUCUUUCCCUUAAGGGUACCAUUUCUCCUUAUUUAUCUAAUUGUACCAAUCUUCAAGCGCUUGACCUUUCCUCCAACUCCAUCACAGGCCCAAUACCAAUAGAACUUCAGUUCCUCGUCAAUCUCGCUGUCCUCAACCUCUCAGCUAACCAACUUUCAGGCCCAAUUCCUGAACAGCUCGCCAUUUGCGCUUACCUUAACGUCAUCGAUCUCCAUGACAAUCAGUUCACUGGUCCUAUUCCGCAACAACUGGGUCUCCUUGUGCGGCUAUCUGUGUUUGACGUAUCGAAUAAUAGAUUGUCGGGUCCAAUACCGGUGUCACUCGGUAACCGGAGCGGAAACUUGCCCCGAUUCAAUGCCAGUUCGUUUGAUGGGAAUAAGAAUCUUUACGGGUACCCAUUGCCACCUAAAAAGAGUAAUGGGUUAUCCGUUUUGGCUAUUGUAGGGAUCGGAUUAGGAAGUGGGUUUUUGAGUUUGGUCCUAAGUUUUACUGCUGUGUGUAUAUGGUUGAGAGUUACUGAGCAAAAAUUGGAUGCUGAAGAAGGCAAAAUCACUCAACUCAUGCCUGAUUAUUGAACAUCAAUUCAUACUUUUGAGAUUACAGGUAUGUUAAUUUUUGAGGCUGGUUUGUUCCCCCCCUCCCCCCUUUUUUUUUUUUGGGUUUUAAAUUUUCUUUUCUUUGGAGAAGAAAAUAAUUCCCCUUUUUCUUAGUUUUGGGUUGUUUUCUAGGUCAUUAUUUUUAUUUUAUUUAGCUUCGGUUUUUUUCUUCUUCUAACAUUUGACCCCCAAUAUGUAAAAAGGAUUGAAGAAUUUGGAAUUGAGUUUCUAGUACAUAUAUUACUUAGUAGUACAGAAUUAAUCUGUACUCUAAUUUGAUGCCUGGGAAGUGGGUUGGCUUUGUCCACUCCAGGUUGUACAACUUAUACGUGCGUAGUACUUAUCCUUUAUUAAAAAAUUAAGGCAUAUCGUGCAUA